GGCAGAGCUGAGCUGAGAGCAUCAAGAUGGCCUCUGCUGUGUUUCUUCUGCUGCAGCUGCUGCUGCAGCUGCUGCUGCUCACCUCCCAGGUGUCGGCGUCUCAUCACUGGGGAGGAACCACCAGCUUCACCUACAAAGGAAGGAACCCUGAUGGGACGGUUAAGAUGUCUCUCCGUACCAGAGAUACGUAUGAUUCCUGUUAUUAUUACCUCUACUGGUAUUGUUACGGUGGUAACUGCGGCUAUGCAAACACUCGAGUCAGAAGUCAAAUUGACUCCAGCAGCAACACUCCAUCCUAUAAAAGCCAGUGGUGCGAAUCAGAAACUGUUGAGACGUGGACCCUCCCCAGUGACAAACCUUUCAAUCUCAGGGCAGCCAGCUGCUGCUGGAUCGAUACUCGUAACUCGGUUGUUAACUGGAACUACGAUUCUCAAGUGGAUUUUGGAACGAGGUCGGACACAAGAAAACCAAAUAAAUCACCUGACAUUGCCAUUGUCCCCUUCUUAAGAGUUCCUCAGAACUGCCCAAGAACGUACAGGCUGGCUGCCUUUGACCCUGAUGGUGACCGAGUCCGCUGCAGGUAUGGGAGUAACUACGGAUACGAGUGUGAGAACUGCCAUCUCCCUUCAGGCUUCCAGCUUGACCAGGAUUCUUGCACUUUACGCUACCAGUCCACCUAUUCCGACUACAGAAUCUUUGGUUUUGAGAUGGUGGUAGAAGACUACGCACGCGGCACUAUCGAUUUGUUCUACUCUGAUGGAUCAAGUGUUCGCAAGUAUCCACUGCCUUCAAGGAUGAAGAGACAAUCCUGGUUGCAGACUUCCUCCGCCCCCCCAACUACAACUACCACAAACAACCCCUGGUGGUGGCAGUCUACCACUACACAAACUCCCACUACACAAACUCCCACAACUACCACAAACAACCCCUGGUGGUGGUGGCACACUGGCAUUGCACAAAUUCUCACAACUACCGCUGCACCAACUACCACAAACAACCCCUGGUGGUGGUGGCAGACUACCACUACACAAGCUCCCACAACUACCGCUGCACCAACUACCACAAUUACCACAAACAACCCCUGGUGGUGGUGGCAGACUACCACUACACCAACUCCCACAACCACAAACAACCCCUGGUGGUGGUGGCAGACUACCACUACACCAACUCCCACAACUACCACAUACAACCCCUGGUGGUGGCAGACUGCCAUUGCACCCACACCAACCGGGCAAAGUGUGAGCAGUACUCCCCUUAGUAAGCAACCUCUGCAGUUCUCUUUUCUAGUGGACCCGCCCGUUCCCUCAUGUGAGGAGGGUCUCUACCUGCCUAAAUUUGAGUCUCCGACACCUUCACAUGGAACACGGAUCACGGCUGAGGUCAACAAAGAGGUGGAGAUCAGAGUCAAGGCAACCGCAGUGUAUUCAUCAAUCCAAAACAUCGUCUUCAGUGGGCCAACAAACGUCACCAAGCACAGGGACACCAACAACGACUUUGUCAUCAGGUGGACACCAGCUGAAGACGACCUGGAGGAACAAUACCCAAUCUGCUUUGUGGUGGAAUCAGUGAACGGGAACUCUGCCUAUCAGUCUGAGAUGAGGUGUGUUCUGGUGGAAGUCCAAAAGCAUCAGAUUGAAGCCACAGUGACCUGCAGCGAAUCCACAAUGAAGGUUGAGGUUGACAAAGCUUCCUUCUUUGGACUCCAGGAGGAUCAUCUUCGCCUCAGUGACCCCAGCAACACCAUCUGCAGCCUCCACAGACACUCCAACAGCACUCACAUCGUCGCCAUCAUCCCCCUCAACGGAUGUGGGACUCAGAUCGAGGAAGACGAUGACUACCUCAUUUUCAAGAAUGAGAUCACCACGGGGAGUGACGACCGAAAUGCUCUGAUCACCAGGAAGCACCUGGUGGAGGCCCGGUUCUACUGCCAGUACCCCAAACGGGGGAAUGUGACCCUGAGCUUCAAAGUGCACAGAAAGAACGUCACGGUGUGGGAGAAAGGCUUCGGCACGUUCACCUACCAGCUUGAGUUCUACCCAGACAAUCGGUUCGGCGCCAUGUUCAGCCCAAACUCUUACCCCCUGGAGUACGACGUUGGAGACAGGAUCUACAUGCAGCUGGACGCCAGCUCCUCCGUCAACAACACCGAGAUGUUUGUGGAGUCCUGCAGAGCUGCACCGUAUGACAACCCCAACUACCAUCCAACCUACUCCAUCAUUGAGAACGGGUGCAAUGUUGACCCGACUCUGCAGAUCCACUCCACCGCCAACAACAAGGAGUUCAGGUUCAGCAUUGAGGCCUUCAAGUUCAUCGGACUGCAUGAUCAGGUGUACAUCAGCUGCACAGUCAUGAUGUGUGAAGCAGGAAACCCCAACACCAGGUGCUCAAGGGGAUGCAGCAACUCCACCGGGCACAACGUCCGCAGAAAGAGAGAGGCUGUGAUCGAGAGCGGAAAGCACUUCGUUUCCCAGGGUCCUUUGCGUCUGAAGCGUGAAGCGGACCCCAGAGGGGGCUCAGCUGUCAACCUGAACCUGAACAUGAUGUUUGUGGCUGGAUGUCUCCUUGCUGCUGUUGGGAUGAUCUGCGGCGUGAUCAUCUACAAAACCAAAACCUCCAGGGCCAAAUACCAACCUCUGCCUACACAUGAAAGCUAAAACUGGAACUUAGUUGCUGUAAUGUGAGAUCUUGGGUGUUUCUGAAGUAAUGUAAUUUUCUAAACUAAUGUAGAAGCAAAUAGCUGAAUAAAUGACCAGUUCUGUUUCCUCCUGCUCUGUAAUGAUGGUAGCACGGAUUAAAUGUUUGUCUGUUAUAAUUAGUCAGCUUUGAACUAAGUUGUCUCAGUCAUAUGUUAAAAAAUUAUUUCUAUCUUUUUGUGUUCUUUCCUGGGUGGGUUUGGUAUUUCUAAAUGGCUCAAUAAAAAGACUCUUAAAAGAUGCAAAUGUUUUU